UAAACUGUCUUAUCACUGCGCACUGAUAGUUGGACACUUUCAAUACUCAUGCUGUAUAGCAUACAUCCAGUAUAAAAGAGCCAGAGGCCUAGUCGAAAGCAUUCAGUAGCUAUCGCGCAGUCAACAAGAAGUGCACGAUGAGAUUUCUGGUCCUCCUCGCUAUCGUCGGCUAUGCUUCGGCAUCAGUCAUCUCCCCCCUUGUCUACGGCAUCAACGCCGGUGACGCGCAAGCCGCGGUCAUCGACGCGACCGUAGCCGCGCAAGACCAAGUUAGAGCCGUUGGUGAAAGCCAGGCUAGGGCUGCUGAGGCCGCUGUCCAGUGGAACACAGAGGCAGUCCGCCAAGCGUCAGAAGCCGCCCGUGACAUCAACGAGAACGCGUACUGGAACGGCGUUGCCGCUUCGCAGAACCUCGUCGCCGCCGCUCAGUCCCAAUCCGCCGCUCUGAGCGGUGCCGCUGCCGCUGCCCGUGCCGCACAUCUUGGCGUCGCCCCCCUAGGAGUUGCCCCUCUUGGUGUCGCUCCUCUUGGCGUUGCCCCUCUUGGCGUCGCCCCCUUGGGCCUCGGCUACGCUGGCUUGGGACUCCGAGGACUCGGCUACCGCGCUUGGUAAACUGAAUAAUGGCUAUUCAUAAUAACCGUUAAUAACGGCUAACUGUUAUCGAUGACAUUAACCGUUUUUAAUGUUAUAAAUAACGUUAACCAUUUAAAAAAAAAACGGUUAUUUUUGUAGCAUUAGUAACCUUGUCGAUUAGUAUUGUUUUUUACUGAUUGGUGAUGUUACUGACGGUUGGCAGGCAAUUUCCGUUGUCAUGGCAACCGGCUCGGCCUCACCUCAACUCAUGGAUUGCUCAAAAAGGUCUCAAUAAGUAACUCUCUUUGUAAAUAUCAUGCCAUCACUGCCAAAGUGUAAAUAAACACAUUUUACAAAGUA